UGCCAAAGUGUUCUCCCCUGCGACUCACCACAAUAAAUUUCGCUACUGUACAAAUUUCUCCUAGCGCCUCAGUUGAGAAAGGUGUGCCUCCUGGCCUAAAACAAGUUCUGAUGAACGCCCAAAGAAACAGCUAGAAGUCGUAAGUUCGCGACCGUCUGCUGAGCCGAGCCGGCUAUAGAUAUUACAGCGGGAGACCAUCUAUGUUUAUCCCACCAUCUCCAUCGAGAGUGAGCAUGUACAACAACACGAAGAUACUAUUGGUACUGUUGAUACUACUACCAGACUUUACUGUUAGCAUCAACCUAUCGUCCACUCAAAAUGGCGAAGGAGCAUGUCUCGGAGAUGUUCUGAUCUUUAGAUGUACUGUGACUGGAUUUGGGACACUUGUAUGGUAUCUGGGUACUGUUCGCGUGAAACACUUUACUGUACAGGAUGAACCAGGGAGUGAACCAGGCCCAGGGUCAUUACCUGAUGUGGCUAACGUAACUCUGGUCAAUGUAGACAAAGACCCAACACAUCCACUGUUAGGAAACCUCACUUCUGACCUUACUGUGGUUGUUAGCAAUAAUACCGUUGAGAAAUAUGUGAACUGCAGUAAUGGCCGAAAAAGCAAAGAGAUUCUCAUCAAGAAGCAAUUGGUACAAUUACCAAUUGUCAUCAAGGAAAACAUCACAGGUGGUAUUGGUGAGUACUCAUUCAGACUGCAGUUACAGGCUCAAAACAGAUUGUACUCAUUAAACCUCUACAACAAUGACACUCCUGUCAUGAACUUUACAGCAGAAGGUUUGGAUGUUUCCAUACCAGGCUUGAAAUAUAAUACCAGAUACAGCUUUGUUAUGACCAAUGUCAACUGUUUUAAUGAAGAAAACACCACGACACUGGAGAUUUCACAAGCUGGCUGCAGAGCUCCACCAUCACCAGUCAAUGGUAGUAUUGAGGAGUACAGGAGUACAGAGGAGGGAGCAGAGAUCCAGUUCCACUGUCAUGAUGGAUACACUCCUAAUGAGUGGAUGUCAUCUCAAUGUCUCAACUCAUCAUGGUCCCCUCACUCAAUGGACCUUGUCUGUGUCUUAACACCACCACCUAAACUGCCAAACAAGAAUUGUUCAUUGAGGGACUUGUCUCCCUCUCUGGUUGAGGAGAACAGAGUGUGUGGGUCAGUGAGUGGUGGUGGGGUGUGUUACAGUGGAGACAGUGUAGGAUCAGUGGCAGUCUACUUCUGUGAUGAUGGCUAUAGUCUAGAGGGAGACACUACCAGAGAAUGUCUCUCUAGUGGCCUCUGGAAUGGUACCACACCGCGAUGUGUGGAGAGAGAAGAAUGUAUCUGUGAUGAUAUUGGCAGCUGUUCAGGGGUUAAUGAACCAGCAGUUGUUGGCAGUACUGUGUGCAGUAUUGCUAUUGGAGUUCUACUGGGAGUGGUGGGACUGUACCUCAUACAGAGAGUGAGGGGCCAGGAUGUCUGGCCCCACCUCCUCCUCUCCCCCUCCCCUCCCUCCACCAGUCACCUAUGAGGAGGUGGGUGUGGCAAGAGAGGUCAAGAGUUCACAAGACAUUCAGCUGACCUCCAAUGAG